ACCAUCCAUUUUACCAGCUGUACAAAAAUCAACGCCUGAAAAUCAAUAUUAUUUCCAUAAUUCCAUUUUAUCUUCCUUAUUUUUUUGUCGUCUUCUCAAACCAUUAACCCGCAGAAAACUAGGGAUUCUCUUCUUCUUCUUCGUCGUCAUUUCUUCAUCUUCUUCCACGUUCCUUCUUUCAUCUUCAACAAGAAGAUUUUUUUUGGUGAGAUAAUGGUAUCUUCUACGCAUUUGUUCGAUUCAGUAAAGUAUCGUCGUAAACCGGAAUUUGAUUUGUUAUCUGCGAAGAGGCUAAAAGUUUCAGCUUCUGAUUGUGUGGAUUCUUUAUCAUAUUUUGAGACGGAUAAUUAUGACGACGAAUGUAUCAAUUGUGGAAUUUCAGCAUCACCUGAUCGUUUAUCAUCUUCUUGUGAUUUAGAUGGUCAAAUACCGUCAAGCUCAAACUUAGAGAGGAGUUGCCAAGUGAAUGGCAACACAGAUGCUGCUCUUCCUGCAUCAGGUGCGGCUGGAGUUUCGUAUCCCGCCAAGAAUGAUGAUAUGUGGGGAUUGUCAGAAUUUGUGACUGGAUGGAUGUAUCUUAAUGAGCAGGGUCAGAUGUGUGGACCUUAUAUUCAGCAGCAAUUGUUUGAGGGCUUGACAACGGGUUUUUUGCCGGAAGAGCUUUCGGUUUACCCUAUUCAGAAUGGGACAUUACUGAAUCCUGUGCAAUUGAAGCUCUUUAAACAGUAUCCUGAUCAUGUUGCCACAGGAUUUACGUAUCUUGGCAGAGCUACGUCUAAUGUGUCCAUGACAACAGAUUGCCAUGUUGCUGUUGGGCAAGAUGCCCCUAUAGGUACUCCUUCGGCUGAUGAUCAACAGAGCCAUGUCCAGCAGCAUGACUUUGAUGUGACAGGUUUAGACUCGAAAUUAGCUGCAGGGGUUGCAUUGGUUCAGCAGGAUGCCGCCCCUCCUGCAUCUGGUGCUGCUGAAAUUUCGUACCUUGCCAAGAACUAUGAUAGAUGUGGGGAUUUUGUGUCUGGAUGGAUGUAUCUUAAUGAGCAGGGUCAGAUGUGUGGGCCUUAUAUACAGCAGCAAUUGUUUGAGGGCUUGACAACGGGUUAUUUGCCUGAUGAGCUUCCUGUUUAUCCUAUCCUGAAUGGUGCAUUACUAAAUCCUGUGCAAUUGAAAUUCUUCAAGCAGUAUCCUGAUCAUGUUGCCACAGGAUUUACAUUUCUUGGCAAAGCUACUCCCAUUGCGUCCAUGACCACAAAUUGCCAUGUUGCUCCUGGGCAAGAUAUCCCUACAAGUACUGGUUCAGCUUUGCUUAAUUAUGAUCACCAGAAUCAUGUCCAGCAGACCUAUCACAACUCUGAUUUCUCAGUUUCAGACUCAAAAUUAGCCCCAGGGAUUGCGCUGGUUCAGCAGCAGUCUCUUUCUUGGGAAGAGAAAUGUUGGCUAUUCCUGGACGGUUAUGGGAGAGUUACGGGGCCGCAUUCUCUUUCAGAACUUUACUGUUGGCAUCAAUAUGGUUAUCUACACAGCUCAGUUAUGAUACGUAAUAUCGACAAUAAAUGUAGUCCUUUUAGUCUCCUGUCAUUGAUCAAUGCAUGGGAAAAAGAUAGCUCUACCGUGACUGCAUCUGAAAAUGAAACUAGUUCGUUGGAGCUUAUAUCAGGAAUAUCAGAAGAAAUUGGGUCACAACUGCAUGAUGGAAUUAUGAAGGCAUCUCGUCGAAUUGUUUUGGAUGAGAUCAUUGGCAAUGUCAUUGUGGAUUAUGUUGCUAACAAGAAGGCAGAGAAACAGUUUAAAAAUGGGAAUAGUAGAGAGGAUUUGAGAAUUCGCUUGCCUGGUUUUGAUAAGGGUGAAACUAAUGUUGGGGAAAGGAAUAAUUCUGCUUCACAUGCUGCAUCAACUUCUUGCCAUGGUGAUGCUUCAACUUCAUUAAAUUCAGCUAAGGAAAUUAUUGAGGAGCCUUGCAGCAUCCAAUGCGUGAAAUCUGUUGGCAGUAUUGAAAAUUUUCAAGGAGCCAAUAAAGCAAUUAGCCAAGCACUUUUAGAAUAUUGUAUGCAGGUUCUGUGGAAUGCUGUUUUCUAUGAACCUGUAGCAAAUUAUGUACAUACUUGGAGAAAAAACAAACGCUGGUCACAUACCAAUGCUGAAGGAGCUGCUGCUUUGGACAGAGAAUUGACUGGUUUCCAGAUGACUGCAGAAGUGGAUAAUAAAAUUUCUCUUUCCUGGGAAGAAAAAUGCUGGCUACUCCUGGAUGGUUAUGGGAGAGGCUCUGGGCCACAUUCUCUUUCAGAAAUCUACUAUUGGCAUCAAUAUGGCUAUCUACACAGCUCUGUCAUGAUACAUCAUACCGAUAAUAAAUGUAGUCCUUUCACUCUUUUGUCAUUGAUCAAUACAUGGGGAAAAAAGAGUUCUACUGUGACUGCAUCUGAAAAUGAAACCAUCAGUUCAUUAAAACAUAUAUCAGGAAUAUCCGAAAAAAUUGGGUCAAAAUUGCAUGAUGGAAUCAUGAAGGCAGCUCGUCGAUUUGUUUUGGACGAGAUCAUUGGCAAUGUCAUUGUGGAUUAUGUUGCUACCAAGAAGGCUCAUAAACAGUUUAAGGAUGAGAACAAUAGAGAAGAUUUGGGAAUUGGCCCGCUUGAUUUUAAAAGGAAUGAAACUAAUGUUGGGGAAAGGAACAGAUCUGCCUUACAUGCUCCAUCAGCUUUCUGUCAUGGCGAUUCUUCAACUUCAUUAAAUUCAGCUAAGGAAAUUCCUGAGGAGCCUUGCAAAGCUCAAUGCAUGAAAUCUGUUGGCAAUAUUGAAAAUUUUAAAGGAGCCAAUAAAGCCAUUAGCCAAGCGCUUUUUGACUAUAGUAUGCAGGUUUUGUGGAACGCUGUUUUCUAUGAACCUGUUGGAAAUUAUGCACUCAUUUGGAGAAAGAACAAACGCUGGUCACAUAACCGCGCUGAAGGAGCAGCUGCUGUUGACGGAGAACUGACUGGUUUACAGAAGACUUCAGAAGUGGAAACUGAAAUAAGAGAUUUGGAUGUACCUACAGAUGAGCUUGAUUGUCCGCCUGGAUUCCAUCGUAUUGUGCAAGGUUCCAUUAUGCGUGAUUCUAAUUUCAUGUCCCAAUCUUGUUUAAGAGAAGAUAAGUUGUCCGAUCCCAGCAUCCAGCAUCAGGAUGAAGACAGAGAAAGGACAAUUGCAAGGGUAGAAGAGGAACUUUUUAUGUUUGCCAAGACAUCCAUCGAUGAUUUCGUGAAGAUUACUGUUGAAAAGGAAGUGUUUAAAGUUAAUAAGUGUUUGAAGGAUAAUGGCACAUACGAGGUUCCUGUUGAAGAUUCAGGAGAAUUGUGCAAAGAUACUGAUAUUGGAGAUGCUGCUUCAAAGAUGUUCCAAGGGCUGAAAUCUAGACACAUUUGCCUUGAUGAAUCUCCGUUCCUUUCACAAGGGACUGGUUCAUUAGAUCAGCCUGCUUUGUACCCACACAUGGAUUCUUCAUCGGAUUUUAUUGGGAUUGGCUCCAGUAGUGUAUGUGCACCUGCUAGCACUGCAAUCGAUGUUUGUAUAACUGAAGAACUGCUGGCCCCUGGAAUUUCUGGUUUGAAAAUUGAGUCAGGGGUUCAGGACUUGCAAGAAUCCUUGCUCAAUAAUUCAGAGAUUCCUAUUGAGGCAAUGAGAUCUUGUCCAGCUGAAUUUGUAGGAAAUGUUUUCGAGAGAUCGGGUAUGCCUAUGUGCAGUACGGUUGAUGAUCACAGAACUAAUGCGCCCCUGUUACCUGGAUCAGGGUGUGAAAUUAAAGAUGUGGUUUCAUCAAGCAUCUCCGACUCCCAACUAUUAGGUUUAGGUGAGGGCACUCUUAAGCAGAAAAAAUUCAUGGCCUUGGCAUUAUGCCAGCAAAAGCUGCAUGAUGAAGUGCUAAGAGGAUGGAUGUCCUCUCUUCACGAUGAUAUGCAUCUUCUGUUGAAGCAACGUGAUAUAGUUCAGGAGGAGGUCAUUAUCGAACCUGCUUCCAUAGAGCCUGAGCUUGACCUUCUUAUGGAAAGAUCAAAGAGUUGUUACAGCUCAGGCCCAUCUGAAGUUUCAGUUGUUGAAGAGUUUACUUAUUCACGGAGAAAGAAAGUGAUGAAAUCAGUAGCUGAGCCAAGCUCUCCACCUUUACGGGAUUUUAAGCUCCGUCAUCGAUCACCAAGGAAGUUUGGAAAACCAAUAAAUUCAAAGAAUGUUUCUGGCUCAGAAGCUCUAGGCAUUGGAAAUGUGAAGCAGAAGGCUAAAGGAGUGGGCCGGAGAAAAACAGGAUUAUCUACUCUGCAAUGUGUUCCUGAUCCUUCUCUGAGCACUGUUGCUGUGGAUGAUCUGAAAUGUGGAGUUCAAAGGCCUCCGAGCACUGAAGCAGAUUUUGAUGUUAAGGAAGAGCUUAGCGGCUGCAGCAGCAUCAGUGACAGUGCCAAAAAGGAUAUAUCUGCCGAUCAUUCCCAAAGGAUAAAAAAUUCUUCAACAUCUUCUAAGAUGAAGAGAAAGAUUGUGGUUGGUGAAUCACCAUCAUUUCCAUCAAAAGCUCUGAAGGUUCAGGAUGCUGACACAAAGCAGGCGGCCAUCAAAACGGCUAAAAAGACCAAGUUGAGCAAGUCCAAGGUGCUGAGUUCCUGUCCUGUGUCUAUUGGAUGUGCUCGAUCUUCAAUUGAUGGUUGGGAAUGGCAUAAAUGGUCCUUACAUGCAAGGCCUUCGGAAAGAGCUCGUGUCAGAGGAAUUCAAAUAACUACCAUGCAACGUUGUACUUCUGAUAUUAGUGGUUCAAAGCCAUCACGCGUAAAGGGGAUCUCUGCUAGGACCAACAGAGUAAAAAUGCGGAACCUACUUGCAGCAGUUGAGGGUGCUGAGCUAUUAAAGGCUUCUCAAUUGAAGGCCAGGAAAAAGCGUCUGCGUUUCCAGCGGAGUAAGAUUCACGACUGGGGUCUUGUUGCUCUGGAACCAAUUGAAGCAGAUGAUUUUGUCAUUGAAUAUGUUGGGGAACUAAUUCGUCCUCGGAUAUCUGAUAUUCGGGAACGCCAAUAUGAGAAGAUGGGUAUUGGCAGCAGUUAUCUUUUCAGAUUGGAUGAUGGCUAUGUGGUUGAUGCUACUAAACGUGGCGGUGUUGCUAGAUUCAUAAACCAUUCAUGUGAGCCUAAUUGUUACACCAAAAUUAUAAGCGUCGAGAGCCAAAAGAGGAUAUUUAUAUAUGCAAAACGACAUAUAUCUGCUGGUGAAGAGAUCACGUAUAAUUACAAAUUUCCUCUUGAGGACAAAAAAAUCCCCUGUAAUUGCGGUUCUAAAAGGUGUUGUGGUUCAAUGAACUAGAAAGGGAUUGGAGGCUCAUGUUGCAUUGCAGGAUUUGAAUUGCAAUGCCUAUUGAGAGCCAUAUGACUUGAUAUAUCAUUUUUAUCCAACAUUAAGAGCUAAGUCAUGUGCACUCUUGUAGAUAGUCUCUCAACUGCAGAUGAGUUUCUACCCUUGGAAACUGUAAUGAGUUUAUCCACUUUAUUGUUUUCUUCACUUAUAGUUACAUGACAUUCUCAGGAUAAUUAUAAUCAUUUUUGUAUAGAGUACAUACCUCCCUAAUUCUUUCAAUAUCAAACGGUAAAUGGUAAUAAUAAAAACAGUAAUUCAUAUC